AUGUCAGGUACUGCACCAAGUGACAAAAGAGGCAAGUCAGGUUCAAACAAGAUAUUAGACAAUAACAUUAAAGAUUUGAUAUGUAAUCAUAUAAAAUCCUUUAAAGGACGGCAAAGUCACUACAGCUUGAAUGAUACAAAAAAAGAAUAUCUACCUGAGGACCUAAACAUAAAGAAAAUGUAUAAGUUGUAUUUAGAUGCAUACGAGCCACAAAAUCAUGUAUAUUAUGAAACUUACAGAAUCAUCUUUAAUACAGAGAUUAAUAUAUCAUUUGACUAUCCCAGGACUGAUACCUGUAGUGCUUGUGAUGAAUUCAAAAUAAAAGCGAAGGCAUUGAGAGCUGAAGGAAAUAUUAUAGAACUGAAUCGGUUAACUAUUCUGAACAAUUUGCGCAAGAAAAAGGCUCAAACAUUUUAUGAUCUUCCUGAUGAAACAGACAUAUUUGUUCCUGCCCCUAUAUAUUCUAAGUCCAUGACCAUGCCUUUGUCAAUAGAUGUAGAUACAAGCGUACAAAAUGAUGAUAAAUCACAAGGAGACACAGCUGAUUGGGGAGACUACACUCCAAAACUGCUGCAAACUCCAAAAUCUGCACCUCUAGGGGCAAUGAAUAAGAGAGAAGAGGAUGUAGGAACUUCUCUUACUCAAAGUGAAUAG